AUGGACACGCAUGGCAUCGACCUGAGCUCGCUUAGCGGAUCGGCGCAUUACCGCGCUGAUCCCACGUUCCACGGCCGGGAGUCGCCUGAGGAUUCCCCAAGAGACGCGGAUGCGCUUCACCACCACGGAAGCGGAGGAGGCGGAGACCAGCGCCAUGAUGCCCGUGCCGGCCUGCUGCAGAAUGUGCAAGAAUCUAUCUACGAUGGGAAUCGCUCACCUCCUCCCGGCGCACAGCAGCAGUACGAUCAUGGUCACGAGCACGAGCCCCCGAAACCGCCGCCUUAUGUCCCGGCGAAUUACCUAGGCCCGCCAAAUGACAACAACAAGCCGUUCCGGAUGAAAAGACCUCACUGCAGCUGGCACUCAUCAUGGAAUAUGUAUCUCUGGCUCUUGCUCGGCAUCGCCUGCGCCAUCGGCCACCACGUCUACUACCACGCCCUGGACGGCCAACCUGCGGACGAUCAGGUGCGCAUGUUGCGGUACGGGACGAUCCUUGCUUUCGCAGCCAAGGCGAGUCUGGGCGCCGCCGUAAUAUCGGCGCUCCAGCAGCGGAUUUGGACGACUGUGAGAUCGAGGUUCAUGAGCAUUGCCGCUCUGGAUUCCAUGUUCGCUGCAACGGAGAACGUUAUUGCUUUUGUAAAUUGGGAGUUCCUCAAGGGUGCCAAGGCGGCUGCUGCUUUGGCCCUGUUCGUGUGGCUUUCUCCUCUGGUGGUCAUUCUCACAGCCAACACUUUGCUUGUUGAGCCCAAGACCAUUAUGCAAAACACCACCUGCCCAGCCGUCCGCAGUCUGAAUUUCGCGAGGGAGGACACCCACGAUUGGCGAAAACCCAUCAAGAUCGAUGGCCGUUAUGAGAUGCCACUGUCCAUCUGGAACUCCACCAAGCCGGCGGACUUGGAGCCGGAAGGGUGGUUCGACUAUUACACCGGGCCAAGUCCCAACUUUCAGCAGACCGCGACCCUCGGAGCUUUCUUGCAGGAGGUUGUCGCGCGGAAGAACGCAUCGAUGGAGGUGUGCAGCAAGGGCUGGAACUGCACCUUUGAGGUAGACUUCACCGCCCCAGGAUACAAGUGCAGCGAACAGGCUAGAGGCAUCGGAUCGACGCCGGCGAACCUCACACAAGAGUCUGGGCAGGCUCCACCGCCGUUCGGAACAGAUAUUCUCAUUCCUGAUGGGACGUAUGCCUAUUACGCCUUCACGAGCGGGGGAGAGUAUUCCACCACACAGAUGAAAGAUGUUGAGAUUGGGGGUAUUCCGAAGAUGGAUCCGCCGUAUCCUGAGUACAUGGGAGCUCUUCGCACGGAACCGGUCAUUUGGAUAGGCCACGUCGUUCCGCCCGACGCGGAGCAUCCAGCUUCUUCCAAGGAGGAAGAUGAGUUGAUGCAAUAUGUACCCAAGAUCUUUGCGUGCGAGCACUAUGUCACAGAGUAUACUGCCGUCUUCAACUAUACCGACACUACGCAGUCAGCAUACAUGAAGAAACACAAUUUCACCAUACCUAUCAUCAACACGACCUACAUCCCUGGUCUUGACGCAAACGACGGCACAGCAGACAACAUAACGGCGACCCCGAAGGAGAAUUACGUCGUCCCCCAAGACGUCGAACGAUACCGCCGCAUCGCCGCGUACCAUUCCCUAGGCUUCAUGCUCCGCAAGUUCCUCAACGGCACCGUGCAGAUUGACAAACAAUCCGCAAAUCCAAUGGCCAACACGGAAGCCAUCCAGACCAAGCUCCUCGACCCACGCAACAAUUAUUUCCCCGUCUUCGACCUACAGGACAUGGUUCAGGAGUUCUACGAGGACCUCAUCCUCUCCAUCUUCUCGACCCCGCAGUUCCUCCCCGUCGUGUGGGCCGCUCAUCCGGAUGAGGUCUCUGGCGGACUGCGCGAGGGCGGCGUUGACGGGAAUCACUCGGCGUACCGGUUUGACUGCCAGAAGUCGCGCAUGGCUAAUAUGUACAGUUAUCACGCCCGCGACCUGUGGAUAGUGUACUCGAUCGCUAUAUUCCUAGCCAGUUUAUGCGUGACAGUCGGCGCGCUAGCGGUUAGGGAGAAUGGAGGUGUUUUGAGAAACACGCGCUUCUCCAGCGUCGUGGCGGCAACGAGAGGCCCGGCAUUGGAAAAGGUGAACUGGGAGGGCCCGGAUAGAGACCGGGGCGAUGUUCCAAGCGAUGUGAAGAAGCUGAAAGUGGGAUACGGCGUCAUGGGUUCGAACGUUGGCAGCGGAAUGGGUCCAGAUGGAGGGAGAUACCCCCGGGCAAGGGAUAGCAUGCUCUGGUCACCAAGCGAGAUCAGAUGUGGGUUUGGACUGGAGGGUGAUGUUAAUCAGAGGAGGAAGGAAGGUUCCUUAUUUCACCGAUAG